GCAGUACCAGCUCCAGCAGCCCGCUGGGCUGCAGCGCCCCAACGACCACAAGCACCGAGUGAUCCGCAGCCGCUGCGGGCCGAGACGAACCGGGACCGCCGCCCAACUGCGCCGCCAUCGCACAGACUUCUGGAUGGCUACGUCAUUCCGCACGCGUACGCUCAGCUCCGCCCAAGCAGCUAACGCCCAUCGAGCCCCUGAACGCCUCAGCGUGACCAAUAUGGCGGCGCCCCAGUCCGGCACAUGCAACUUCUUCGUCCAGAAAAAGAACCGUUUCUGUAAGAUGGUGACCGGGAGAGGGAAACGCUUCUGCGGGGAGCACGCGACCAUGGAGGAGGGGAGCGCUGGGAGCAGGAGGAUCGCGUGUCCUCUUGACCCAAAACACACCGUGGCUGAAGACAAGCUGGAGAAACACCUAAAGAAAUGCAACUCUAGAGACAGACCCAAACCGGUUUAUUAUGUGGAGAACAUCAAUGCAGGUCAGGCUGAUGGAGACCAGGAGCUUCCACAGGUGACUCUAUCUGAGCUCAGCAGAGCAGCGUUGGAGUCUCUGGUGGAAAAACUAAAGAAAGCUGUUGAAGGUCUGCAGAGUGAUGUGGAGGAGAGAACCCUGUCCCAUCCCAUCCUCCAGGAAGAACUUGUUAACCCAAAGAACGGAGACUCCGCCCACAAACACCUGAAGCAGCAGGCCUCUAUCUUAGGUCACCUGCAGGAACUGGGGCUACUCAGAAGGGGGCGCUGCUUCGUGGAGUUCGGAGCGGGUCGAGGAAAAUUGUCCCACUGGAUUCACAGGGCCCUGAAGAACCCAGAACCCUGUCCAGACCAGAACACUGCCAAGGAUCCAGGGUCCUGUGAGGAUCUUCAGCUGCUGCUGGUGGAGCGGUCCAGCACCCGGUUCAAGGUGGAUGGGAAGAAUCAGGAUGAGGGCGUGCCAUUUGAGAGGCUGCAGGUGGAUAUUCAGCACUUGGAUCUGAGUAAAGUUCCUCUGCUGAGGAAGAAGGAGCUCCCAUUGGUUGGAGUUGGGAAGCAUCUCUGUGGAGCAGCGACAGAUCUGGCUCUCCGGUGCUUAUUGGAAAAACCCAGAAACGGUGAGGAUCCUGAACCUCCUCCAAAACGUCUGAAAGGGCCCAGAACAGAGGAUGACGCGGAGCCAGACCCACCUACCUCACAUUCGGGGCCUGGUACCGGUCUGGGUCCGGUGCUGGGCCUGGCGGUGGCGCUGUGCUGCCACCAUCGAUGUGAGUGGCGUCACUACGUGGGUCAGAACUUUUUCCUAAAGAGGGGACUCGGACCCGAGGAGUUCUCCGCCUUCUGCCGGAUGUCCAGCUGGGCCACAUGUGGGAUCAGACCGGCCAAUCAGAACUGCCCUUCAGAUGAUCCAACCAAUCAGAGGGGAGAGGAGGAGGAACACGAAGCAGCAGAGGAGGAGCAAACAGCGAGCGGGUUUUGGACAGCAGCUGAGCGGGAGCAGCUGGGUCGUCUCUGCAAAGUUCUGAUUGACAGCGGCAGGCGGGACUUCCUGAGGACCCAAGGAUUCAGCAGCAAACUGACCCGCUACGUAGAUCCGGCAGUGACUCUGGAGAACGUCUUACUGACAGCAGUACCCUCCUCCUCCUCCUGAUGUUCUGCUGGUCUGAGGUUCAGAUGGGCCGGUUCUAAAUGCUUAUUGGACCCUGCCGUUGAAAUAAGGGGAUCAGACUUUACAUAAAAACUUGUUUAAUUGAAGGGGAACUCUUCCUCAGCUACAUUUCUUUAAAUCAUUUUCUAUUAAAGACGUUUCAGGUCUUUGCUGCGUAUCUCUUGAUCCAAACUGUGUUUUGGUUCUUAUCCAGUGAAUCGGUUGAUGAAUUUGCUGGAUUUUUAUAGAUUAGCUUCUGUAGAGCCCAGAAGAAGCAGGGAUUCCAGAACCGAUGAGUGUUGGUUAUCUAUCAGCUGAAUCCUCAUCGUUCUCUGAAAGGUUGAGAACAGAAACCCGUCAGAAGCUCUGACAGAAACCACAGGUCCGGUUAAUACCAGGUUAGUCUGUCCAGCCGGUGUAGAGAUGAAGGUUAGAAUAGGAUGAAAUGGUGUCAUUAUUCCUGUUAGUGGGUCAGGUUAACGACCCGGUGGCAGCAGCGAUCCGGUUAUGUUGGUUAGACUCCAGAGCUGGGCGGUACUAACGGUUGACGCAGUGCAUGUUGAGCACAGCGUAGGAUCUCUUCCGCGCCUCCUGGAUGUACAUCUGCAUGAACUCCCGUCCAAACAUCUCCCUGUCGUCCUCGUCCUCUCCGUCCUCGGCCGCCUUCCUCGGAGGCAGGGUCACAUCCAUGGUCAGAGGGUUGUCUCUGAAAUUUACAAACCUGGAGCAGAAAAAAAUGGAACAGAAAUCAGUCAACAGCAACAUCAAGACAUGCAACACCUUCUGACCACAGAGACCCGCCAGAGACGGAGAAAGAGCUGCACUUUAGACCGACUGGUUCAAAUUAUUAAGGAAGUCAGGAUGGAUGUAAUUCUCACAAAUGGGCACACAAGGAAAAAAUUACUCCUACAAGCAGUUUUAUUUAAAUAGUGCAUGUAAACUAAACUAUUCUCUCAGCGCAUUUUAAAUGUUACGCGUAUAGAUGUUGCACACAUGCGUCCAUGCUCCUUCUCUGUACCCAUAGCCUCUGUUUCUGUGUGAAACAGACUUGGAAGGCUAAAAUAUUUGUCAUUCAUAGAGUUUAACUUUGUAACUUGCAUAUGUACUUAUAUUAUACCACAUUGUAUUUCUCUUUUAUUAGUAUUGUCUCAUUUUUUACUGUUUUUUUAUGUAUUCAACCAUAUUUUAUGCCUUGUAAAGCUUUUAAUUUUCUCUCUAAACAACAGUCCACCUCGUAAGACCAGUUUGUUUUUUUUAUUGGUAAGGGAGUGUAUCAACAUAAUUUUUUUCUCUUUAUGUGUAACAAAAUUAUUGUUAAGGACACCAUACCGAGAAAGUGUUAAACUCAGGGUGGAUACCACAUGAUCAGGUGGAUAGUAGCAAAGAAUAAGAUUUGUUCUCCUCUAUUUAGAGGUAACUUAAAUUGUAAUAGAUGCAAAGUUCAAAAUAAGAAAAGUGAUGACUGGGGAGAAAUAGACCAUCUGAUUGGCUAUUUUACAGGAAAUCCCGCCUAUUUAGACAGUGCUGUCUUCUUCCUGGGUGUGGUGAAAGUUUGCAAAGCUUCACCAGACUAAUUGUUAAUGUUAAUUAACCAGAUGUGACACUUUGUGUUAGACUUUAAGCAACUGACUAAAUAACUUUUUUUAGUGUAAGGAUGCUACUUCCAACACUAGUUGGACAGAUUGACCUAAUCCUCU